GGACCAGAGAGAAAGCGCAGUACAGAGGGGGGUCUUGCAAAUUAUCUGGAAUGAGGGACAAAACAUGGGAUUAUGACAGCCAGUGGUUGUGUUUGUGCAAUACCCUUGAAUCGUUCUUUGUUUUCCUCUGAGUUGGAAGCAAAAUGGUGUAUGAGGAGUCGCAGAGAAAGUGUUUUUACACCAGUUAGGUAGUGAAGAGUAUGUAGUGAGAGUUUGGAACGAAGAUGUUUAAAACUAAAGCAAGAUAGACCACAGCCCGUCGUUUCAAAUGGGUACAAAUGAGUCAUAGUGGGCAGAACAAGCAAGGACGAGUUAGCGAGAUCCAAUUGGCGCGGUCUAGUAUUUAUUUUAGCAUAUUCCCAUUAGGGAACGCAUACUCUGAAGUAAGCGUGUACAAUAACUAAUUUGCCAUUUCACGCCUUCUAAACAACGCAAUUUCCGGGAAAAAUUUGGACAAAGGGUAAAAUCUACCAAACUAAAUCCACUCUGUUCGUCAAAAAAAAUAUUCAGAACAAAUGUUUCAUCGAGGUAAAUUAGCAGGAUAUCGGCCAAAAUCCCAUCUCGUUCUAUCUUCUCCCACUGCCAAGUCUCUCGGCUUCUCCUCACUACCAUAUUUGGUAGUGAGCGGAAACGCCAAGCGGAUGCUUCUCAUUUAUACAUGUGGUGAAAUAUCUGUGUCGUUAUUCUAGCUGUGGUUGGAAGUAGGCUGUUGCUGAAGAAGGAAAACAAUAUGGCGGCGGUGGAGCUAGACUGGAUCCCUGAAACUCUGUACAACACUGCUAUAUCUGCAGUGGUGGACAACUACAGUCGAUCUAGAAAGGACAUUCGCUCCCUUCCUGAAAAUAUACGGUUUGAUGUGUACUAUAAGCUUUACCAACAGGGCCAGCUAUGCCAGCUGGGAGGGGAGUUCUGUGAGCUGGAGGUUUUUGCCAAAGUUCUGCGAGCUUCUGACAAAAGACACCUGCUACACCACUGUUUCCAGGCCCUGAUGGACCAUGGCGUGAAGGUGGCCUCCGUACUGGCCAACUCCUUCAGCCACCGCUGCUCUUACAUUGCAGGGUCAGACGCCCACGUCAAAGAGAAGGCAAUUCAGUUCGGCUUCAUUUUAGGUGGCUUCCUGUCUGACGCAGGCUGGUACUGUGAUGCAGAGAAGGUGUUCCUGUCGUGCCUGCAGCUGAGCACGCUCUGCGACGAGGUGCUGCACUGGUACCGAGCUGUGGAGUGCUGCGUCAGGCUGCUCCAUGUCCGUAAUGGGAACUGUAAAUACCACCAGGGAGAAGAGACAUUCAAGCUGGCCCAGUCCUACAUGGACAAGCUAGCCAAACACGGUCACCACGCCAACAAAGCAGCCCUGUAUGGAGAGCUGUGUGCCUUGCUCUUUGCCAAGAGUCACUACGAUGAGGCCUACAGGUGGUGUAUAGAAGCCAUGAAGGAGAUCACAGAGGGCCUGCCUGUCAAAGUGAUGGUAGAUGUCCUCAGGCAAGCCUCCAAGGCCUGUGUUGUGAAGAGGGAGUUCAGGAAAGCCGAACAGCUGAUUAAACACGCUGUGUUUCUGGCACGGGAGCAUUUUGGACAAAAGCAUCCCAAAUACUCAGACACUCUGCUGGACUAUGGCUUCUACUUACUGAACGUAGAUAACAUCUGCCAGUCAGUGGCCAUCUACCAGACAGCUCUGGACAUCAGACAGUCUGUAUUCGGGGGGAAGAACAUCCACGUAGCGACGGCUCACGAAGACCUGGCUUACUCCUCCUACGUACACCAGUACAGCUCGGGGAAAUUCGCCAAUGCUCUAUUCCAUGCGGAACGUGCCAUAGACAUCAUAACUCACAUUCUCCCUGAAGACCAUCUACUACUGGCCUCCUCCAAGAGGGUCAAAGCUCUGAUCCUGGAGGAGAUCGCCAUCGACUGCCACAACAAGGAGACGGAGGAACGCCUGUUGCAGGAGGCGUAUGACCUGCACCUGUCCUCUCUGCAGCUGGCCAAGAAAGCCUUCGGAGAGUUCAACGUCCAGACAGCCAAACACUACGGAAACCUGGGACGGCUCUACCAGUCCAUGAGGAAGUUCAAGGAUGCUGAAGAGAUGCACGUCAAGGCCAUCCAGAUCAAGGAGCAGCUUCUGGGGCAGGAGGACUAUGAGGUGGCUCUGUCAGUGGGUCAUCUGGCCUCUCUCUAUAACUAUGACAUGAACCAGUAUGCAGAUGCUGAGAGACUCUACCAACGGUCCAUCUCCAUCGGUAAGAAACUAUUCGGCGAGGGCUACAGCGGUCUGGAGUACGACUACCGGGGGCUGAUCAAACUCUACAACUCAGUAGGGAACUAUGAGAAGGUGUUUGAGUAUCACAACGUCCUGUCCAACUGGAACCGGCUCCGGGAUAGGCAGUUUGCUGUGGCGGACGCCCUAGAGGAUGUUAAUACUAGUCCCCAGCGGACACAGGAAGUGGUACAGACCUUCCUACUGGCCCAGAACUAUGGGCCUUCACGAGCCUGCCUGGGCUGAGACACACACACAAGAAGCAUCCAGGAUGGGACUGGUUCACCAGCCCCCUCACACUAAUCCAAGGAGCUGACUAUUUAUUUGACUUCUCUAAGAAGAGAACAGAGAUUUUUCAAAAAAAGAGUUAUGUUUCAUCAUGGAAAUCUCACAAACCGCCACUUUAAAAUUGUUUUUUUUUUAAAGUUAAUUUUCUUACUUUUGCUUCUUUUUAAUUUUAUUUUAAUGUGGGGGUUUUGAUAACUUCUUUUGUAUCUGAACCUGUGUUGCUCUGACCACCAGGAGAAUACACUGUGUCACGCUCUCUCCGUAGGAGACAUGGACUAACCUACUAUAUUAUUUUGUCACCUCAGCCCCCUCGUUGUAGUUGACGGCCAGGGGACAAGUGCGUCGUUUAGGACGCAGACUGAGAAAUGUUUUUACCCAGGUGUCACCACAAAGGUAGGACAGAUUAAACUAAAAAUGUGCCAUGAUUUAUAUACGUCUACACACCAUGACUGAUAGGGGGCGCUGUGUUGAAGUCACCUGCCAACAACAUGGCACUCUCCAACCAUUGUUUAAAAAAAAUGGAAGCUAAAGAAAUGCAUUAAUGCCUACAUUUUGUUUUUGCCACACUUAUUCAAUUAAACACCUUAAUUGAUGCA